AUGGCAGCUAUCUCUUUUGGCGCGCUGCUCGCGUGGCUGGCUACGCCGCACUUCACCGUUGCGCUCACGCACUCGCUUCUCUUCAGCGCACUCUACGUCGGCAGCAUCUACCUCCUCACAGCGCUACGCGCAUCCUCUUUGUCAAACAACGCCGCGCCCGCCGUGUCGAUCCACGACCGAGACCACCCGCAAGUAAUCAAGCAGCGGACACUCGGGGCGCUGCUCGCCACAAUGCUGUGCCUGGGGAUAGCCGGGGUGCAGCUGCGUGCAUGGCAGGUGGACGCUGUUAGGAGUAUGGGGCUUGGGUAUGCGCAGGUUGCAGGGUCGGUUGUUGUGGCCAUGGUUCUCUGUUGCGUGAUCUACCUCGGCCCGCUAAUGCUGGACUAUCUGGAUGCUGCAGCGCAGGGCCGCGGCGCGAUUUCGUGGAAGCGGCUCUGGGCGCUGGUCUCACGCGACCUUUGGUCCAGCCCACAGUUGCUGCGCAACUACGUCGUGGGCCCCGUAACCGAGGAGCUGGUCUUCCGCACCUGCGUCGUCUCUCUAUGGGCCGUGUCUCCCGGUGUGUCGACGAAUAAAACAGUGUUUUUGUCGCCGCUGGUUUUUGGGAUCGCCCACGUGCACCAUGCCUGGGCGCACCGCCAGUCCAGCGGUGUGUGGCUGCGGACCUUGUUCCAGAUCGCUUAUACGACGGUGUUUGGGUGGUUUGCCGCCAGCUUGUUUAUUAAAACAGGGAGUGUUGCUGGUCCUGUGUGCGCUCAUGUAUUUUGCAACAUCAUGGGGGUGCCGGAUCUUGGGAGAAUCGGGGAGUAUAUGGGCUGGAGGAGGGUUGCUGUGUGGGCUGUGUUUCUGUGUGGACUGCUUGGCUUCAUUGCUUUGUAUGAGCCGAUGACAAGAAAGGGCGUUUUCGUUUAA